AUGGAGAUCAUUGCUAGGGGAGGGCAGCUAUAAGUUACUUCUUCAGUAGUAGCUUAGACAUUAAUUUAAAUAUGUUGGGUUUUGUUGUCUAACUAUUACAACACGUAUAAAUAGUGUGUCAGCGAUGUAUUUUGUAAGGAGGUACUGAAGUUAAGUGUUUAUCGCCUCCACUCAGUUCCUCCGCCCCCGGUUCUGCGGAAGAGCCCUCCCUCCCUCACUCACUCCCCUCCCUCCCUCCCUCCCUCACUCCCCUCCCUCCCUCACUCCCUCCUUCCGGCCGGCCGUCAGUGCGUUCCACUUGCCGCCGUCCUCGGGAUGUUCCGAAGAGGUUCAAGGCGCAAUUUCCGCCGCAGGAAGAGCGAGUCCAGCGAGGAGGAGGAGGAGGAAGCAGCGCCCGGGUCGCAGCCGACGGCCGCCCGCUCGGCUGCUGCCCGCCGGGGCCUCGCCUGUGCCUCCAAACCCGCUCCGGCCCCCAGCAGCCCGGCCGAGGCCUGUUGCACCAGCCCCUGCUCCGCCUCGCACAGUGGCAACGAGGACGCCACUGCAGAAACGGUGGCUGCGCUGAAACAGGCUGGAAAGGGCCCCGGCAGCACUACCGUCCGCCACAAGCAUCUGCUCAGCUUUGUGUGUGACAGAGAAGCAGAUGAAGAAGAAUUUAAGCUGAAGAAGACUGGAAACACUAUUUUGUUUGAACCACAAUGGAAGAAGAAAAAGCAGAAUAACACUGAAGAGGAUGAAGUUAUUGCAAAAGUUGAUGCAAAAGAUCGGCAAGAUUUUAUCCCAACAAAAACUCAAAAAGGGAACUCAUCGGAAAAAGAAACUGCGGAUAUUCAUACAGAAAGUGAAGACGAGAUUAUUUCAGAAGUUGAUGAAUCUAAUACAUCGGGAGUUGCCCGAUAUAAAUCACAAUCAGGUGAGAUACCAGACGCUAGGUACAUUAAGGCUGCCCGUAGAAAGCGCCAGUUGGCCAGAGCUCAAGCUGACUUCAUACCUCUUCACUCGUUAGCAAGAGAUGAUACUUCAGUCCCUGAUGAAGAGCUUCUAACUAGCGAUGAGGAACUUGAUGACGAUGAGAAGCGGAUACACUUCACCAAAGCACUAAAAACGCAAAGGCAGAAAAUGGCAAAAGAAAUUGGAGUAAAUGAAAGUGAGAGUGGGAGUAUAGAAAGUGGAGGAGAAGAUGACGAUGAUGAUCAGCUAUUAUGGGAACAGCAACAAACCAAAAGAGUAAAAGUGUUUUCGCCACACUUUACUGAGACAGUUAGCCGGCCAAAUACACUCAUUGUGAAUAAGAUGUUGGACAACCUGAAGAAACUGCCACCAGUCAACUUUGAAACUGUCAAAAAGCGAUUAGUCAAUAGAUUGGAAUCCUUGCAAGAAGUUCACCACUCCCAUCAUCGUGAACAGGAGAAGAUCCAAGAAACUGCUGAGAGUUCACGAUGUACAAUUGAACAUCUGGAAGCCGUUUCUGACUCUGGUAUUCGAUACCGGUUUUAUCAAGAAAUGCGAACCUAUGUUAAAAAUCUCGUCAACUGCUUCAAUGAAAAGAUACAUCUCAUCAAUGAACUGGAGUAUGAAAUGCAUCAGUUACUGCAGGAGCAGGCAAGAAAACUUUUGCAACGCAGACAGGAUGAUAUUCAAGAUGAAUCAUCUGAUAUCUGGCAGCUGUCAAACAAAGUGGACAUUGACAAAGAUGGUGUCAAAACAAAACAACAGCUCAUGGAAAAACGAGAAGCAAGAAGGGCUCAUAGGGAAUACUUAAGAAAGGUGGCAGGCAAGGAAGCAGACUGUCACAAAGGGAUGUCCAGUGAUGAAGAAAUAUCUCCAGGCGAUGUAUCUGAGUUCCAUACUAAAGAAGAUCACAUUCUGAAGGAAGCCAGGAAAAUUUUCAGUGAUGUACAGGAAGACUUCUGCAGUGUUGACAGAGUUUUUGCCAAGUUUAGGCUGUGGCGGGAGAAAUUUCCUGAUUCAUAUUAUGAUGCUUAUAUUGGACUCUGUCUUCAAAAAAUCAUGAAUCCUUUAGUUCGUUUGCAACUAAUCAGCUGGAAUCCUCUUAAACAAGAUUGUUUACACUUGUUGGAAAUGCCGUGGAUUUCAGCUUUGGAAGAGUACUGUCAUUUGGAAGAUGAAGAAUUUAAGAAAAAAGACAAGUCUGAUGCAACAUUACUUCUGACAGUAAUUGAGAAAACAGUCAUUCCUAAAAUUGAAGGUUUUGUAAUUCAUGUAUGGGAUCCUUUGUCGUCCUCACAAACAAAGUGUUUAGUACAAGUCUUCAGAAAACUGAAAGAGGAAUAUAAUGUGUUCGGAAGUGAACAAAGCAAGGCCACACAGGCUCUGAAAAAAAGUAUUGUCAUGAGAAUAACCUUGUCUGUAGAAGAAGACAUUUUCAUUCCUCUCUAUCCGAAAAGUGUUUUGGAAGAUCGAACUUCAAUCCAUUCUCAGUUUCAGGAAAGACAGUUCUGGUCAGCUGUAAAGCUAUUGGGUAAUAUUCUUCAGUGGGAUGGCUUGUUACCAGAUGAGACUCUACAGGACUUGAGUCUGGACAAACUACUCAAUCGUUACAUUUUACUAAUCCUUCAAACUUCUCCACCUCAUUCAAAGAAUAUAGAAAAAUGUGAAAAGAUUAUAGAUUGCUUUCCCCGGUGUUGGUUUGAAAAUCUGCAAGGACGGAGAAGCCUUCCCCAAUUGGAAAACCUGUGUAAAUACCUGCUGCAAUCUAUACGUAGAAUAUAUGAGAAUGGUGCAACGACUCAAGACAUGGAUAAUAUUGGAAGAGAAUCAAUAAAAGAAAUGCUGAAGAUGUUAGCCAUGAUCCAUGCCCUGGAACAAACUGAGGGGAUCAUCAACGAGUGCAAGUUAGAAGACCUGGAAUGGAGUUUUCAAGGAAACUAAAAUGAACUAAUUGCUAUACAUUCUUUAUUCAACCAUGUUUCUUGAUAUCUUGUAAUAAUUAAUAUCCAUGUUUUUUCAAAAAGAUUUUAUGGCCUAUUUUAACUGCCUAUACCUUAAGUCCAGUAUAAUAUUAGACAGGUCCAAAUAACAACCUUGGUUUAAAGUUGUUCUCUAAAGCUUACUUGAAGUACAUUGGCAUUUAUAAAUAUUAUCCACUUCGAUGUGUCUCAUUCUUAAAUCUGUUAAGCAGGAAAAAUGCUAACCUGUUUAAACUGAAAAUUUGCUGUUAGAUCACUCAAAACCAAUGUCUAAAUCCUAAUAUACAAACAUGUGUAAAAUAAUCUGAGACUUCCCAAAAUGCCUUGAAUUGCCAUAAGUUAUGAAUUACUUUUUUGUAAAAACUGUUGAAUAAAUAAUUUUUACAUUUUUCAGUA